AUGUGUCUCACUACUCGAAACUUUGAUAACGCAGAGGUGCUGCAGGAGAAGCUGGUACAUUUCAUAGAACUGUGCAUGCACUUGGCUUAUGACCUGGUGAAGCUGAAGAUUUGGCAGGAGCUGAGGGACCCUCUGGGCUUGUUUCGGGCUGGCCUGACCUUACUGCAAUCCACAGCCACAAAAGGCCACGUGCCAGUGCUGCCGUUCAUAAUGGAGGACCCGGAGGGAAGAGCUGCGUUUCACUGGGCUGCAGAGCACAGGCAGCUGGAUGCUCUGGACCUCUCUGUGGGCUCUGGCUGUGACCACAGUGUCAAAGACAAGGAACUGUGACCACGGGGGAACACAGCCCUUCACCUGGCCGCCCACCUGGCUGUGCUGCGGCGACUCGUGGCUGUCAGGCUGGACCUGAAGGAGCAGAAUGCGGAAGGUCUGAGCGCCGUUAACGCGGCUGCCGAAGGAUCCGUCACCUGUGUGCAGCUCCUCCUAGGGGCGGGGGUAGCGCGAACACCCUCACCCAGAAAAAAGCAGAGCUGCCUCCACUAUGCAGCCCUCGGUGGCUCCGAGGACAUGGUCAUCCAGGCAGGAGGCAGUACUGAUGUGGCUGAUCACCAGGGCGCCACUCCUGUGCACCUCGCCGUGAGGCACACUGUCACUGUCCUGCAGCAGGUCCUUAUGGACGGCCAUGAUCUGGACACUGUUGACAAUAGGAAGCAGACACCCCUCCAAUUUGCCACGGAGCACGCCUGGUGGGACAUAGCAGAGAUGCUCCUCAUCAUUGGGAUUAACUUAAACCUAAGAGAUAAACAAGGAGAAACUGCCCUGUCAGUGGCUGCCUGCAGCAACCACAGCAGCCUGGUGGAUAUGAUCAUAAAAGCUGAUCACUUGUACAGAUGGGAGAAGGACCGCCACUUGUGUAGGGGCAUCUGUAACCCCUCUGGGAAGAGUUUGACCAUUAAGCAGGACCAUCAGCGGGAAACGCAGCUUCUCUGCUCAGUGCUGUGGCAACUGGCUUCCGGUACCUGCGGCCCCACAAGUGGAUUCUUCCACUGCUGGGAGUUCACCAAAGCCCAUGUCCAUGCCACAGAGCAACAGUGGACAGGAACCAGGAGCUAUGGGGAACAUGGGCACCGCAUGCUGCUCAUCUGGCCACAGUGUGGUGAGAACCCCACCAGAGCGCUAUUCAAGGGCCUCGCGGCCAUUGGCAGGAGGGACCUGGGGGGUAAGUGUCUCCGUCUCAUCUGCUUCCUGCUCAGGGCAGCUCUGGGCCCCAGCAAGGCCCUGCUGCAAUGCAGCAAGGCCCUCCAAGGCUGCUCAGACCACAGUGCCAUAGCACUGGCUCUGAACCUUCCAGAUUGCUGGUCGUAG